CGAGUGUUUUUUCAGUUCGUAUGGAUUGUCGGUAUAGUUUGUCAUUUUUGUCCACCAUGUUCGUACUGUUUGUAUGUCUAAAAAACACCCGGGUUGACUUUGGGAAGGAGCCCCUCUAUAUAGGGAUGGAGCCUCCAAAGUCAACCCGGGUGUUUUUUCAGUUCGUAUGGAUUGUCGGUAUAGUUUGUCAUUUUUGUCCACCAUGUUCGUACUGUAUGUAUGUCUAAAAAACACCCGGGUUGACUUUGGGAAGGAGCCUCUCUAUAUAGGGAUGGAGCCUCCAAAGUCAACCCAGGUGUUUUUUCUUUUUGUAUGGUUUGUAUUGUUUGUCGGUCUAGUUUGUAUUGUUUGUACAGUUCAUACGUUUGUAAUGUUUGUAAAUCUGUUUGUAUGUGUUCGUACUGUAUGUAUGUCUAAAAAACACCCGGGUUGACUUUGGGAAGGAGCCUCUCUAUAUAGGGAUGGAGCCUCCAAAGUCAACCCAGGUGUUUUUUCUUUUUGUAUGGUUUGUAUUGUUUGUCGGUCUAGUUUGUAUUGUUUGUACAGUUCAUACGUUUGUAAUGUUUGUAAAUCUGUUUGUAUGUUUUGUCGCUCUAGUUUGUACUGUUCGUAUGUUUGUAUGGUUUGUACUGAUUCUAAGUCCGGUUUGUAUACUUCGUAAUUUUCCAUAAUACCCAAACUACCCCUGUCAUUAAUUAAAUAGCCCUUCCCACUUUUUAACCAUCAGAUUGAUGUGUCCAGAUCUAAGGGCUGGGAGGGGCUUAGUCAAGUGACUAAGCACUCCCCCUUAGUCACCGGAUCCGCUCUCAUUAGGUCGACCUACCACGACCUGCGACCAGUGAUCAAUUAUCCGAUCUGGACACAACCUGCCACGGAGCGAGUGUAAAUACCAAAAAACCCGCCCCGGACCUGCCCAUUGCCAUUCCUACCCUCCACACACUGGCAUAGUCCACACCAUACUCUGCCGUUUCGUAUCCUAAUUCCUAAUCCAACCUCUUCACUUUCAUCUUCCUUCUCAUCCCCGUCAUCGCCAUUUCCCCUCCGCUUCCUUCCUCUCGUGGGUCAUCUCCGACCCCCUAGGGGUUUUUUGGAUUUAAGGCCAAGGGGAAAAUGGCGCGAAGGAAAAUCAUGUCGCAGAACGGGAAACUGAUGCCGAAUCUGGACCAGCAGAGCACCAAGCUCCUCAAUCUAAUAGUCCUACAACGAAUUGACCCUUUCGUUGAAGAAAUCCUCAUCACUGCCGCUCACGUCACUUUCUACGAGCUCAACGUCGAGCUUAGCCAGUGGAGUCGGAAGGAUGUCGAAGGGUCUCUGUUCGUUGUCAAGAGAAAUGCGCAGCCGCGGUUUCAGUUUAUUGUGAUGAAUCGGCGCAAUACAGAUAACUUGGUGGAGAAUCUCUUGGGGGAUUUUGAGUUUGAGAUUCAGGUUCCAUUUCUCUUGUAUCAAAAUGCUUCCCAGGAAGUUAAUGGAAUUUGGUUCUACAAUUCUCAAGAAUGUGAAGAGGUUGCUAGUCUGUUUAGCAGGAUACUAAGUGCAUAUGCCAAGGUUCCUCCAAGGUCAAUGGAUCCUUCAACUAAGAGUGAAUAUGAAGAACUGGAAGCAGUACCAACUAUGGCAGUUAUGGAUGGUCCCUUGGAGCCGUCAUCUACUGCAGUCUCAGGCGUUGCUGAUGUACCUGAUGAUCCUGUGUUCAUCAACUUCUUUAGUACAGCUACGAACAUCGGGAAUGCCUCAAAUGCAGUGGCUACCGGACAACCUUACCAGUCUCCUGCCCUUGUCCCUAUACCUGCUCAUCCCACCUCUGUUGUCUCGUCAUCGUCGUCGCCGAUCAUGCAGACACCAUCUCCACUACCAGCAUCUAGUCCUUUAAUGCCACUACUUGAUGCCUCCCCUGAAAUUGCUGCCAGCAACAAUCAAACCGCCACUAAUCUUGUAAACCCUUCUCUCUUCAUUCGCCCCCCUCUCUCACGAUCCUCUUCUUCACGGACGAUUGUGCCUCCUGCUGCUCCUUCAUCUGUUCCUACUGCUCCACUCAAUGCCAAAGCUAGUCUACAGCGUCCUUAUGGUGCUCCAUUACUCCAACCUUUCCCACCGCCCACUCCACCUCCCUCUCUCACUCCAGCUUCUGUUCCGGGAACAAAUUAUGGGCCGGUAAUCAGCAAAGACAAAGUCCGGGAUGCACUGCUUGUCCUUGUCCAGGACAAUCAAUUCAUCGACAUGGUCUAUCGAGCUCUGCUGAAUGCACACAGUUCUUGAGUAAUCAGGAGGAGACGGUGAAUGCUUUCGUUGGCUUGACUGUGUUUUUAUCGAAUGUGCAUUUCGAGUUCUUUCCCCGGUGAUCUGGGGUGCAUAUAACCUUCCAACCUGUAUAUCAUUCUUUUUUAUCCUUCUAUUUGAUAGUUGACUGUAGUGCUUGGAGGGAAAAUGCCCGGAUUGUUUUGUUCGAUGCUCCCUGUUGUUUGCUGGUCUUUGUUUGUCUGAUUAAGGUGUACCUAAGGCGUCCAUUAUCUUAGGGCGUAAACGGAAACAGGCGGAAAUUAGAUAUUUAUUGUUAUUCUAACAACUCGAAUUAUUGAGAUGAAUUGACAAUCUUCCUGCUAAACUCAUAUACAUGACGACUUGGAGGGUUUCAGAAGCGUUGCGAAGUGGUGUGAACUAGAAGUUGCUAUCUGGUAGCAGAAUACAGAGUUUCUUCGCAUGUAUUGAAAGGGGACGAGUUCAUUAGCUUCUUCGUAAGCUUCUUGUUCACCCAAUUGUCCCCAAUGAUACUCGCUUAAUGCAUCGAUUGCCUCUCGCCGCAAAUACAAAGUGUUAGUAGCACUCCGCUGCAGCAGUACAAUUAUGUUAGUAGCUUCAUUUAGCACUGGACCGAUGAAGCAAAUUGUUUGUGUUGCUUCAUGUAACACUCGAAUGAUGAAGCCACAUGCUGAUAUUGUUUCAUGUGCAUUCGACGAAUGAUGCAACAUGUCCACUUUGCUAACUGCAAAUUUCAGAAAUAAAAGCUAAUGUGUAUAACUGUAAAGGAGAGGAAGGAGGCAUGAAAAUCGUCCCCUAUUAACCUAAAAAUAACUCUGCUUUAGCAAGAGCUAUAGCUUCGAAUUCGGAUUCAGGUUAUUCUCGCCUUCUUGUCUAACCUAAUAAGAACUGAAAUAAACGAGUUUUUUCUUACUUUCUAGAAAGAAGCCUAUUCAGUUUUCCAUUUCAAAUCUAAAUCUCGUCCAUGCAUAUCUCCACAUUACGGCAUAUCCCAACAUCUCGGCGUCUCGUCGGCGAUCUUAGCUGCUUCUUCGUUCGCUACUAAAUGAAACAGUCAAUUCCCAUGUACCCAGAAAGACCUAUUUCUAUGAUUUCUAUGUAAAUAGAAUAAUGUGCUUGGGAGUCCCUGACGAUUAAAUAAACCAAGAUUUUAACCAUGACUGCAAUUUUAGAGAGACGUGAAAGCGAAAGCCUGUGGGGUCGCUUCUGUAACUGGAUAACCAACAUCGAAAUGAGUUUCUCCUGCAGAAUCAACCCCCAAAGAAUCCAAAUUGGAGAAAUUAAUAUGUCGUCCGCCAUGAAAGAUGAUUUCUUUUUUCUUCGCUCUGAAACCCCUUGAUUUAUGUCCAUGAACCUUAUAGUAUGUGCCAUCAAAUACUGUCUUCUCAAUGAAUAAUUAAAAUUAAGUUAUUAUAUUUUACAUAUUUUUAAAUUUUGUAUCAGAAUUAGAGAUGGCAAAUGGAUUGGAUUGGUGGAUUGGAUUGGUGGAUCCAUGGAUAAAAUGGAUUGGAUCUAAUGGAUUGAUGAAUUUAUGGAUUGGAUCAAGUGGAUUGGUGGAUUAUCCAUGAAUCCAAAUGAUAUCCUCAACCAAGGACCAAUAUGUAAAAUGUAAAAAGUUUAGGUACUAAAAUGUCAUAAUGAAAAUUUUUAGGUACC